UUUGUCCAAAGUUUAUAGGAAGAUGUUAUAUUGUUUGAAACGUUGAAGUUUUGUCUAAAAUGUAACUGCAUAUAAUAGCAUGUAUUAUUGCGUCCAUUUGCUUGGCGAACUAUAAUAACGAAACGGGGAAAACAACACUUUUGCAAGAGUGCUCAACAAAGAUGAGCUGGUUCCUUAGCACUAAAAAUUGAGGUUUUGCUUACCCGUCGCAGUAAAUACUCAAAAUUUUUGUGAACAUAGUUUCAGUCGACGCAGUUUCAAUGUAAUUUAUGUGUACCAUUUGACUUUCAAUCUGGAAGCUAGAAAAGAAAUGGGAAAAACUGAACACUCAAUGCCAAUAGGUGUGUUGGAUGACCUGUGCAGCCGGUUCAUCAUCAAUCUGCCGAAAGAGGAGAGGGAGGAGCUUGUAAGAGUGUGCUUCCAGAUUGAACUUGCAUACUGGUUUUAUCUAGACUUUUACUGUACAGAAGAAAAGAAAAUGGAACCAUGCAGUAUGAAGGAUUUUGCAGCACACAUCUUUAAUCAUGUACCUUCUUUAAAACCCCACGCUGCCAACUUAGACAGUGUUCUUGACCAAUGGAAGAAGUACAAAAAUGAAGUACCUACAUUUGGUGCAAUAUUGCUUAAUGAGGAUCUCACACAAAUGCUUCUAGUACAAGGUUAUUCAACAAAAUCGUCUUGGGGGUUUCCUAAAGGCAAGAUGAACAAAGAUGAAGAACCUAUGCGUUGUGCAGUUCGUGAGGUUUUUGAAGAGACAGGAUUUGAUAUUAGCACAAUGGUUAAUGAAAAUGAAUAUAUUGAAUCAACAAUUAAUGAACAGUAUGUCCGGUUGUACAUAGUUGGAGGAGUGAAAAAGGACACUGUGUUCAAACCAAGAACUCGAAAGGAAAUAAAAUCUGUUGAGUGGUUCCCAGUAGCUGACAUUCCUUCCAAGAAAACUAUGACUCCAAAAGGCAGGACGGCGGCCAAUAUGUUUUUUAUGGUUGCUCCUUUUAUCAAACGGAUACGACGCUGGAUCGCUGAGAAGCAACAACAGCCACCAUCACAGCAACAACUGCAGCUGCUGCAGCAGCAGCAGCAGCCACCACCAAAAUUUGAUCGUAACAAGAUAAUAAUUGAUGUGGAUGAUUCUCAGUCAUCUAAGAAUAGAAAGCAGCAACAGUUUUCUCAAGCUUUGCAGGCAGACAUACAUGAUAUCCAGAUGAUUCGCCAACAGAAAAGCACUGCGGGUCCCCGUUCUCCAUCGCACAUUGUGCAGAAGAAUGAUAAUGUGAGAGGACGGAAGGCUCCAUUCAAAAGACAACUUUUUGUUGAUGAUGAGAAAAAUUCUGGUAAGCUGGUAGUAAACUCUGGAAUUGGAAUCACGACUGAUAAAUGGGGAUCACCUUCGUGGGCAAACUUCCGGUUCGACUAUGAGGCAAUUAUGAAAUGUUUUGACUAAUGAAAGGAAUCGCCAGAUUUCUUCGUACAAACUUAAAAGGAAACUAUAUUGUUUGUAUAUUCUCAUUCUGGUUCCUCUGUGUGAGAGGAUAUCUCAGGGUGACAGACAUGCACCGCUGUGUCCCUUUCACAAAGGGACUUGUAAAUAGGUGUGGAUCCUGUAAAUUGCACUUUUACAGUUAGAAACACUUUAAUUUUAAGAGAUAUUUGGAUGAUCUCUUUGUUACUCUGUACCUGUUGUAAUUUUGUUAAUAAAACAUUGCAGUUAGUACUGGUA